CUGGAGGAUGCCAUAUCUUACAGUCAUAGGCUAACAGGUCCUUUACGUCUAUCCUCAAAGACCCUUAUCGUUCAUAUGUGAUUACUGCGGUCCUGAUUAUAGCCUUCAAGCAUUCCAUUUACGACUGUGAUGUCCUUUACUUACCCCAAGGACAUGGACACCGAGCCUGAGUAUGAAGAAAAGAUAGCGAGAGAGGCGAAAGUACCGGCCGACAUCCAUAACGAUGAAGGUGAAGAAGAAGAAGACAUUGACACUCUCAUCGUUGAGUUGGAGUCCGUGGAUGGCGGUGCGGAACUAAACACACAGGAGAGCCAUCAAACCGGUCGACUACGCCCUAUCGCGGAUAACCUACUUCAGACAGAUCCCAUGACAGGCCUUGAUGAAACUGAGGCAAUCCUCCGUCGCAAAAGAUUUGGCUCCAAUGAGAUGAAGGAGGAGAAAGAAAACCUCGCACUUAAAUUCGUGUCAUUCUUUGUUGGACCCGUGCAGUUUGUUAUGGAGGCUGCAGCCGUAUUAGCUGCUUAUCUCCGAGACUGGGUAGACCUAGGGGUUAUCUGUGGCCUCCUUUUGCUCAAUGCGUCUGUGGGAUUUGUCCAGGAUUUUCAGGCUGGGUCUAUUGUCAAGGAGCUAAAGAAAUCGCUAGCGCUCAGGGCUGUUGUGUUGCGGGAUGGCAAGAUGGCAGAUGUUGAUGCAGCUGAACUGGUCCCUGGAGACAUAGUGAAAGUCGACGAGGGCACUAUAAUCCCUGCGGAUGGCAGAGUGAUGACCAAUUCACCUAUUCAAGUCGAUCAGUCUUCUGUGACGGGCGAGUCGCUGGCAGUUGACAAGCACAAAGGCGAUGUAUGUUACGCAUCAUCUACCGUGAAGCGCGGCUACGCUCGAAUUCUCAUUACAGCUACUGGCAACUGGACAUCUGUAGGACGGGCUGCGGCGCUGGUCAAUGCUGCGUCAACAGGCACCGGUCAUUUCACUGAAGUCCUCCAUGGUAUCAGUAUUGUCCUCCUUGUUCUUGUCGUCAUAACCUUGAUUGUUGUCUGGGUAUCGUCAUUCUACCGUUCAAACAAUACAACAACUAUCCUUGAGUUCACCCUAGCCAUCACUAUGAUAGGUGUUCCGGUAGGCUUGCCAGCUGUCGUUACAACCACGAUGGCCGUUGGUGCAGCAUAUCUGGCAAAGAAAAGAGCGAUUGUUCAGAAGCUCUCUGCCAUUGAAUCACUCGCCGGAGUUGAGAUACUUUGUUCUGACAAAACCGGCACAUUGACAAAGAAUAAACUAUCAUUGACAGAGCCAUACACGGUAGCUGGAGUCAAUCCUGAGGAUCUUAUGCUAACAGCAUGCUUAGCUGCUUCCAGAAAGAAGAAGGGUAUGGAUGCCAUCGACAGAGCUUUCUUCAAGGCCUUAAACGAGUAUCCAGACGCCAAAACGAUGCUCCCGCAGUUCAAGGUGCUCGAUUUCUCCCCAUUUGACCCGGUCUCAAAAAAGGUCACGGCAGUAGUGCAAUCUCCUCAGGGUCAAAGAAUCACUUGUGUCAAGGGAUCCCCUUUGUUUGUACUGAAGACAGUCCAGCAGGAUCAUCAGAUACAGGAGGAUAUUGAACAGGCAUACAAGAACAAAGUGGCGGAGUUUGCAACUCGUGGGUUCCGCUCGCUCGGCGUGGCUCGAAAGUGCGGUGAUGGCGAGUGGGAGAUCUUGGGUAUAAUGCCUUGUUCAGAUCCUCCGCGACAUGAUACUGCAAAGACUAUCAAGGAAGCGCAGACCCUGGGGCUUUCUAUUAAAAUGCUGACGGGAGAUGCUGUCGGAAUUGCUCGCGAAACUUCACGGCAGCUAGGAUUGGGCACAAAUGUCUACAAUGCAGAGCGCCUUGGGCUCGGCGGAGGAGGAACAAUGUCCGGUUCUGAAGUUUACGACUUCGUCGAAGCUGCUGAUGGAUUCGCAGAGGUCUUCCCUGAGCACAAGUACAACGUGGUGGACAUCUUACAACAGCGCGGAUAUUUGGUUGCUAUGACUGGCGACGGCGUCAACGACGCUCCAUCACUCAAGAAAGCUGAUACUGGAAUUGCAGUGGAAGGUUCCUCAGAUGCUGCGCGAUCAGCGGCUGAUAUUGUGUUUCUCGCUCCUGGCUUGUCUGCGAUCAUUGAUGCUUUGAAGACCUCGCGCCAGAUCUUCCACCGAUUCUGGAUAGCUACCAGGAACGAAAGCCUCAAUCUGCAGCUUGUGGUGUUCAUCGCCAUCUUUGCUGAUAUUGCGACGCUGGCGAUCGCCUAUGACACUGCCCCAUUUUCUAAGACUCCUGUGAAAUGGAACCUCCCCAAACUUUGGGGGAUGUCAAUCCUUCUCGGUAUUGUUCUCGCGGUAGGCACAUGGAUUACACUCACUACAAUUCUGACUGCUGGGGAAAAUGGUGGCAUAAUGCAAGACUACGGGAAGCGAGAUGAGGUUUUGUUCCUCGAAAUCUCGCUGACAGAGAACUGGCUCAUCUUCAUAACCCGAUCAGAUGGGGCAUUUUGGGCUUCGAAACGACCAUCCUGGAAACUAAUAGGAGCUAUUGCAGCAGUGGAUCUCGUGGCAACCUGCUUCUGCGUAUUUGGCUGGUUUGCUGGUGGACCAACCUCGUGGCCUACGAUACUCCGCAUCUACGUUUUCUCCUUUGGGGUAUUCUGCAUAAUGGGUGGUCUGUAUUAUCUGCUACAGGGCUCCAAGAGCUUCGACAACAUCAUGCAUGGCAAGAGUCCCGUGAGAACCGCUAAGCAACGUUCUAUUGAAGAUUUUAUGGUUAUGAUGCAACGUGUAUCUUCGCAGCAUGUGACAAGCUCGCUGAAAGGUAUGGAGAGUGGUCAAGUCACCCGUGGUGUCUAG